AUGACGUCCGCAGCUCCCCCCCCCAACCAGGCUUUGCAGCCCACGAACACCUCGACCGCGCCCACCGGGCUUUCGACCCCAAAUAAAAGAGACUUGAAAUCGUGGUGGAAAGGCUUCAAGCUUCCUUCGAAGCAUCAGGAUCAAAAUGGUAGCGUCCCUUCCACUUUCGCAUCGCAGCCUUGUCCCCCAAAACAACCCCUCUUCGGUGAAGAUGUCGACGAGGCAAUGGAUACAUCGACCAUGCCUUUGAACCAAGUUCUCUCGCUGCAAGACACCCAUGUCUUCACGCCCAACGACUUUCUCCAACCCAAAGUCUCCGCUUCAAGUGAUGCGGCAGCGUCCACCACCAUCCGCCUAGCUUGUGUGCUCAACAGGCCGUCCCUGUCCAUUGCUACUACGCCUGUGCGCCAGUGCGCCAAACGGAUCCGCGCAGCUGUGACAUCCGCCUCUACCUCAAGUGCUAAACAAGUCGCAGCAGAUAACCGACCGCACGGCAUUUUCGGUGUUCCUCUCCGCCAGAGCAUCACCUAUGCCAACGUCGCCAUCUCCCUCGUCGACGAGAAUGGGAAAAGCUACAUUUAUGGUUACGUACCGAUUGUCGUUGCCAAGUGCGGCGUAUUUCUGAAGGAGAAGGCCACAACAGUAGAGGGUAUCUUCCGUCUUAGCGGCUCCGAGAAGCGCAUCAAGGAACUCAAGCAGAUCUUUGACUCCCCCGAUCGCUACGGAAAGGGGCUCGUGUGGGACAACUACACCGUCCACGAUGCGGCCAACGUCCUCCGUCGAUACCUGAAUGACCUUCCCGAACCGGUUGUGCCGUUAGACCUGUACGAGAAAUUCCGGGAACCACUGCGAGGUGCCACCAGGCAAGCGGUAGGCGAUGGUGACGGACCCCAGUUCGUAGACAACUUCGACGAGCAAGCCGCCAUCGUCAAGUACCAGAAACUCAUCACCGAGCUUCCGCCGCUGAACCGGCAGCUACUCCUCUACAUCCUAGACCUUUUGGCCGUUUUCGCCGCCAAAUCGGAAGAGAACCGAAUGAACUCCCAGAACCUUGCAGCCAUCUUUCAGCCCGGUAUGCUCUCGCAUCCGCAACAUGCAAUGGCCCCAGAGGAGUACCGCCUGAACCAAUGCGUUCUCAUUUUCCUUAUUGAAAACCAGGACCAUUUCUUGAUUGGCAUGCAGGGUACGGCCACAGAUGAGAAGACCAAGCAGCUGAUCGAAAAGGGCACACCCCCUGCUGCAAGUGGGCCAGUGACUCCUAACCCCAGCAGGAAGUCAGGGCUGGGCCGUUCUGCGUCCAAUGCAAGUGCCGGUGCCGAGAGUGUGAGAAGAGAAGGGAUGGUUAGGAGAAACCGAUCGACUUCUUCUCGACACUCUCACCAGGAGGGAUCUACAACCCCCAACAGCCCGGCUCUUGCUCCGACACCGAACAGUGGACUCGGCAGAAGUAACACAGUACCUUCCAAGAAGUCUCCCGCUCUCCAGACGGGAAGAUUUAGACCCGAUGCCUCUCCUAUCACCGGUUCGUCCUCUCGAGAGCCCAUGAUUCCGGCGACGACGGAGGAGCUCGUCGAGGCACUUGAUCACUCUUCUGCUGCUUCGAUCAUUUCACCUGCCCCGGCUGCGAUCGGCACAUCCAGUCUGGCUCCAUCCGCUGCCGGUACGGCAGGCCGAAGUUUGGAGAGGCUGCUCGAUCCAAGCGAGGCAACAACUCCCAUCAAGGAGAGAAACCUCCCUAGCAUAUUCCAACGAUCUCCCACGGGCGAAGGAGAGAAGAGACAGCCAAACAAGUUGAAGAAGAAGCGGAUCCCUGGAAGUCUAAACCCAAGCGCGCAAAGCUCGGUUGCAUCUUUGUCCGGUACGCACUCAGCCGCUGUGUCCCCUAAUGUUGAAGCCCCUAAUCCUAUGGAUCUGGUUGGCGAUUCGAUCCCCGAGCACGAGUCCCUUGCAAUUGGCCAGCAACCCAAUGCAGUCGAUACACCGUCAGAGCCCACUCCACGUGCAUCACAGGCCCCUUCAAGCAACACUUUGCACCCUGAGCAGACCCUCAAGAGCAAGAAGUCACCUCCGACAUCCCUUCACUCAUCAUUUAAUGAAGGUUCUGACAUCGAUCAGAAUGAAGAGUCUAUCAUGACGACAUCGGCGGACGCGAAUGAGCCCGAGAAGGACAAGAAGAAAAGAUGGAGGUUGUCGCGGCAACGGGGCCAUGAGCACCAGCCGUCGGUUACAUCGCCGCGUCAAGCCUUCGGCUCCAACGACAACGCUGAUAUAAGCGUGACCUCGAUCGGAAGCAGCGGAUACAGGCCACGCAAGAGCUUCACCGGUGAAAGCUCCGAAACUGGAUUCCAGGCUGCCGAGGCACAGUGCAGUCACGAGUCCCGCGACAAGGACUGCAAAGACGAAUCAAAGGGUCCUAUUGGUUGGAUUAGGAACAAAUACCGAGAGGCCAAGGAGAGUGCUGAGCAAAGAAGGAAUAAGUCGCCUCCCGCAGACCGGCAGUCCUCUCUCGGUGGGUCCAGUAUCAUGUCAGGUAGGGGCAAGAGCUUGGACCUGCGGAGAGAACCCGAAGAGAAGACGGCAAACGACCACCCAGCGCCGGUGCCACCGGUGCCGUCUCAACAGGCGCCGACUUCGGCACCAGCCCAACAGGAAGUGCCUCAAUCAGCAUCAUCUCCACCAGCGGCAUCUCAACUAGCAGCCGCAUCUCAAUCCGAACUAGCACCCCCGCAACAGCCGCAGGCCGAAGAAACGCGGUAA